GAGUUAAACAUCGGUUCCGCGGUCACUGUCGGAAAAGGGAGUAGUUUAUAUUUUGCGCUUUUUAAUUCUGGAAAAACACUGUCCAGCUUCUCUCACCUGUCAGUGUGGACACACAGAUACAGUGAAGCAUCCGAAGUGAAGCGCCUGGAAUUGAAUUCUGAUCAGAGUUUGGUGCUGAGGGAGCUGCAGUCAUGGUACAGGAGUACCAGUCCCCUGUUCGGAUCUACAAGCAUCCAUUUGAGUUAAUUAUGGCGGCCUAUGUGAGGAGGUUUCCAAAGUGCCAUUUGAUCCCAGUGUUUGUGGACUGUGAGAUCAUCAACCAGAGCCAAAGUGAGGAUGGAUCACUGGUGGUGACGGAGAGGCGCUGCACGAUUGACAUUGAAGCCCCACGACUCCUCAAACGGAUUGCAGGUGUAGACUAUCUGUACUUCAUCCAAAAGAACACUCUGAACCGCCAAAACAGGACACUCCACAUCGAGGUCCACAAUGAGACCUUUUCCAACAGAGUCGUUGUCCAUGAGUCCUGCAGCUACACAGUUCAUCCAGAGAAUGAAGACUGGACCUGUUUUGAGCAGACUGCCAGUCUUGAUAUCAAGUCCUUUUUCGGUUUUGAGAGCACAGCAGAGAAGAUAGCGAUUAAACAAUAUGGUAGCAGCAUUAAAAAGGGUAAAGAAAUUAUUGAAUACUACCUCAGAGAGCUGGAGGAAGAAGGAGUAACUUCCAUACCUCGCUGGACGCCCCCUGCUGUCUCUGGCAGUGUCAACGUGAGGCUCCAGCUGCCGGCCCCCUCUGCUGCCAGAGCCAUCCCAGGGAACAGUGCCAAGGCUGGGCUGUCCAGUAAAGAUCCGGCUAGUCCCACAGAGCUACUAGCUAGUUCACCUGAUGACAAGUUGGAUGCUGACUACAUUCGACGUUACCUUGGUGAUCUAACGCCUCUGCAAGAGAGCUGUCUUAUUCGGCUGCGUCAGUGGCUCCAGGAAAAUCACAAGGGCAAGAUUCCAAAGGAUCAGCAUGUACUGCGCUUCCUCAGGGCCAGGGAUUUCAACCUCGACAAGGCCAGGGAGUUCUUGUGCCAGUCACUUACCUGGAGGAAGCAACAUCAAGUGGAUUUCCUGUUAGACACGUGGGAGCCCCCACAACUGCUUCAGGAUUAUUACAGUGGAGGCUGGCAUCACCACGAUAGAGAUGGCCGUCCUCUGUAUAUCCUGCGUUUGGGUCAAAUGGACACUAAGGGCUUGGUACGAGCUUUGGGAGAGGAGGUGCUACUAAGACAGAUUUUGUCCGUCAACGAGGAGGGACUGAGGCGCUGUGAGGAGAACACCAGAGUCUUUGGUCGACCCAUCAGCUGUUGGACUUGCCUGGUGGAUCUGGAGGGCCUGAACAUGCGUCACCUGUGGCGGCCAGGUGUAAAAGCUCUGCUGAGAAUCAUCGAGGUGGUUGAGGCCAACUAUCCUGAAACUCUGGGUCGCCUGCUCAUACUGCGAGCUCCUCGAGUUUUUCCUGUGCUCUGGACCUUGGUCAGCCCCCUGAUUGAUGAGAAUACUCGUAAGAAGUUCCUCGUUUAUGCUGGAAAAGACUACCAGGGUCCAGGAGGCCUAGUGGACUACAUUGAGAGAGAAAUUAUUCCUGAUUUCCUACGAGGGGACUGCAUGUGUAACGUCCCUGAGGGCGGCAUGGUCCCCAAAUCUCUGUACAGGACAGCAGAGGAAGUGGAGAGUGAAGAAAACUGCCUGCUGACUGACUCCAUCUAUAAGAGUGCCAGUAUCUUCAAGGGAGCUCCGUAUGAGAUGCUGAUUGAGAUCACAGAGGCCUCCUCCGUCAUCACCUGGGACUUUGACGUGUCUAAAGGAGAUGUGUUCUUUAAUAUCUACCAUUCUAAGAGGCCUCCGAAGAAAGAUGCCGGAGCCCACAGCAUCACCUCCCUGGGGGCUGUUAAUGCCCAGCUGAUAGACAAGAGCUGGGUGCUGGGCCAGGACUACAGCAUGGUGGAGAAAGCCCUCAUCUGCAAGGAGGGAGAGAGUGUGCAAGGCUCCCACGUAACUCGCUGGCCCGGCUUCUACAUCCUCCAGUGGCGCUUUCACAGCUCGGCAGCCUGUGCCGCCUCCAGCCUGCCUCGUGUGGAUGAUGUACUGGCCUCCCUGCAGGUCUCCUCCCACAAGUGUAAGAUCAUGUACUACACCGAGGUGCUGGCCUCCCAUGACUUCAGGGGAUCUAUGAGCAGUCUGGAGUCUUGUCAGAGUGGUUUCUCUCAGCUCAGUGCUGCCACGACUUCUUCUAGUCGAUCACAUGCCAGUUCCACGAUUUCAAGGUAGUAUUUGUCCAAUCAGAGUCCAAAGGCAACGCUGACCAAAGCUCCCUGAUGCCUAACUCUGCUUUAUAUAUUCAAAGACAAUUUUUCAACUCAUAAAUAUAAAUUUGAAACAGACAAUUACCAGUGAGUCUUUAAUACUGUUUCAGUGGAUCAGUAAAGUUUCAUUUUUGUCAGGUUUAAGGGACUCUGUUCUAAUGUACUUGUUGUUUUGUUUGUGUAAUAGUGUACAGUUUACCAACACAGAUGAAAAUAUCACAUGUGUAUUAUCCAGGAAGAUGAUUUCAAUAUGACAUUACAGAAAAUGAUACACAGUUUGUUUGUUUUUUAGUUUAGAUAAGAAUAAAUUAGAAAAAGCGUCAAAGUAAAAUAAUAUACAUGUUUGUGCAAUGCA